AUGUAUCGUAAUGCAUACCAACGAGGGAUGCUGACCAUAUUUUUUAGCGUCGGUUCUAAGCCUUUGGAAAUAUGGGACACACAUACUCAAGACGGUUAUAUUACACGGUUUUUAGAUCAAGACAUAAAGUCUAUGGUAUUAGAAAUACUCGGAACUAAUGUAAGUACAACGUACAUGACGUGCCCUAAAGGAAAAACUGUUUUAGGAAUAACUAUGCCUUUUCUAGUCAUGAUAGUCAAGAACUUGAAAAAGUACUUUAGUUUUGAAGUUACCAUCCUUGAUGAGACUGGAACACGAAGACGAUUUCGUGUUUCAAACUUCCAAAGUACUACGCAGAUUUUACCACUGUGCACCGUUAUGCCAAUAGGACUAUCAGAAGGCUGGAAUCAAAUACAAUUCAAUUUAGCAGAAUUCACCAGACGAGCUUACAACAAGCAAUUUGUGGAAGUGCAAAAACUCAAAAUUAAUGCGAAUAUUCGGCUCAGGAGGAUUUAUUUUACUGAACGACUCGUACCAGAGGAUCAAUUACCACCAGAAUAUAAGUUGUAUUUUCCUUUAGCAAAAUCAGCUAAAGCAAAGAAAGGAUCAGUAGAGCAUGUUAAGGAAAACGUUAAACCAUCUACAUCCUUGCAAAUUGCUGUAGAAACACCAAUUGAAGAGAAGAAGGGUAGCAAAGUUGACAUAACCAAACAAGGUUCUAAGGCUUCAUUACGUUCUCUCAGGAGAUCUACGUCGCAUGAGGUGAGAAUAUCACAAGAGAAGAUUCAGGAGGUUCCUGAAGAAAAUGUAUCUGUUUCAAAACACUCUUCAGAACGAACUGAGUCGCAAACGGUAGUUAAAAGUGGAACAGAUGUAUUUGAUAAGGACGAAGCCAGUAUAACAGGGAAAGAAAAUAUAAAUAAUGAAAAAUCAAGUGAUAAUGUGGAAAUUACGGAAAUCAUGCCAAAAAAGUCAGAAGAAUCGAAUCAGGAACGUGUUGAGGUAACAGAGGAAAUACAGGCUACUGAGGAAAUACAAGUAGCUGAGGAAACACAAGUAACUGAGGAAAUACAAGUAGCUGAGGAAACACAAGUAACUGAGAAAACACAAGUAACUGAGGAAACACAGGUUGCCGAUGCAGCCACAGAUAGUACUGCUCCACCAGAUGUUGUUCAAUAG